GAGGGAAUGUAUCUCAAUCCAUGUUGGACAGGCCGGAGUCCAGAUUGGCAAUGCCUGUUGGGAGUUGUACUGCCUUGAGCAUGGUAUCCAGCCUGAUGGUCAGAUGCCAAGUGACAAAACCAUUGGAGGCGGUGAUGAUUCUUUCAACACAUUCUUCAGUGAGACUGGUGCUGGCAAACAUGUCCCAAGAGCAGUCUUUGUUGAUUUGGAACCAACUGUAGUUGAUGAGGUGCGCACUGGAACCUAUCGCCAACUGUUUCACCCAGAACAGCUGAUCACUGGCAAAGAGGAUGCUGCUAACAACUAUGCUCGUGGCCACUACACCAUUGGAAAGGAAAUUGUUGACCUUGUCUUGGACAGAAUCCGUAAAUUGGCUGACCAAUGUACUGGACUUCAAGGUUUCCUCAUCUUCCAUUCCUUUGGAGGAGGCACUGGAUCUGGAUUUGCUUCUCUGUUGAUGGAACGUCUCUCUGUGGACUAUGGAAAGAAAUCUAAGCUGGAGUUUGCCAUCUACCCAGCCCCUCAGGUGUCCACUGCUGUAGUUGAGCCUUACAACUCUAUCCUGACCACCCAUACUACUCUUGAGCACUCCGAUUGUGCUUUCAUGGUUGACAACGAGGCCAUCUAUGACAUCUGCCGUCGUAACUUGGACAUCGAGCGCCCAACUUACACUAAUCUUAAUCGCCUGAUUGGUCAGAUUGUCAGUUCUAUUACUGCUUCUCUGCGUUUCGAUGGUGCCCUCAAUGUGGACUUGACAGAGUUUCAGACCAACUUGGUGCCUUACCCACGUAUCCAUUUCCCUCUUGUCACCUAUGCUCCUGUCAUCUCUGCUGAAAAGGCCUAUCAUGAGCAACUCUCUGUUGCUGAGAUCACCAAUGCUUGUUUUGAACCAGCUAAUCAGAUGGUGAAGUGUGAUCCUCGUCACGGAAAGUACAUGGCCUGUUGUAUGUUGUACCGUGGUGAUGUUGUCCCUAAGGAUGUCAAUGCUGCUAUUGCCACCAUCAAGACCAAGCGAACCAUCCAGUUCGUGGACUGGUGUCCAACUGGGUUCAAGGUCGGCAUCAACUACCAGCCACCUACUGUUGUACCUGGAGGUGAUCUUGCCAAAGUCCAACGUGCCGUAUGCAUGUUGAGCAACACCACUGCCAUCGCUGAAGCCUGGGCUCGUCUUGACCACAAAUUUGAUCUAAUGUAUGCCAAGCGUGCCUUUGUCCACUGGUAUGUAGGAGAGGGUAUGGAAGAGGGAGAGUUCUCGGAGGCCCGUGAGGAUCUGGCUGCUCUAGAGAAGGACUAUGAAGAGGUUGGUGUGGACUCUGUAGAGGGAGAGGCUGAAGAGGAAGGUGGUGAUGAAUAUUAG